UCUCACCACUUCUCUCUCUCUCUUUCUUUUCUUCAAAGAGCAGACAACAGACAUGGCCUACCCUAGCCGCGGCGCCUCCCUGGCGCAACGCAGACGGGCACAGCGGGCACACAAGACACCGCUGGCUUCGCGCGUCUCCGUCCUCAGCAUCCUCCUCGCCCUCGUCGCCAUCUUUGCCUUUGGUGCCGUCUUUCCCUCGUCCUCGUCCUCCCACCCCGCUGGCGGCGUCAUGGCCGCCGACGAGAAGCGGAGCGACUACGGGUCUGUCAUUGGUAUCGACUUGGGCACCACGUACUCGUGUGUCGGCAUUCAGCGGCAGGGCCGCGUUGAGAUCAUCACAAACGACCAGGGUAACCGUAUCACGCCGUCCUACGUCGCCUUCGUCGAGGACGAGCGACUGAUUGGAGACGCCGCCAAGAACCAGGCCGCACAGAACCCCGAGAACACAGUCUUCGAUGCUAAGCGGCUCAUCGGCCGCAGCUGGAACGACGCUGAUGUGAAGAAGGACGCGCGGCACUUCCCCUUCAAGAUUGUCGAGAAGGCGGGCAAGCCGGCCAUCCAGGUCGAUGUGCGUGGCACCAAGCGUGUCUUUACUCCCGAGGAGAUCUCGGCCAUGGUGCUGCAGAAGAUGAAGGAGACGGCCGAGGCCUACCUGGGCCACAAGGUCACCCACGCCGUCGUCACCGUGCCCGCGUACUUCAACGACGCACAGCGCCAGGCGACCAAGGAUGCCGGUGUCAUUGCUGGCCUGACGGUGCUGCGCAUCGUCAACGAGCCCACGGCCGCCGCCAUUGCCUACGGCCUCGACAAGAAGGGCGACUCGCAGAUCAUCGUCUACGACCUCGGUGGUGGUACGUUCGACGUCUCGCUCCUCUCCAUCGACGACGGCGUCUUUGAGGUCCUGGCCACUGCCGGUGACACGCACCUCGGUGGUGAGGACUUUGACAACCGCGUCUCCGAGUACAUCCUCAAGCAGUUCAAGAAGAAGGAGAGCCUCGAUGCGAGCGGCAACAAGCGCUCUGUGGGCAAGCUCAAGCGCGAGGUUGAGCGGGCGAAGCGGACGCUGUCGAGCCAGAUGAGCACCAAGAUUGAGAUCGAGAGCUUCUUCGAGGGCAAGGACCUGUCCGAGACGCUCACCCGUGCCAAGUUUGAGGAGCUCAACGCCGACCUGUUCCGCAAGACGAUGAAGCCCGUCGAGCAGGUGCUCAAGGAUGCCGGCGUCAAGAAGGAGGACAUCGACGACGUCGUCCUCGUCGGUGGCUCCACGCGCAUUCCCAAGGUCCAGCAGCUCCUCAAGGACUUCUUUGACGGCAAGGAGCCCUCCAAGGGCAUCAACCCCGACGAGGCCGUCGCCUGGGGUGCUGCCGUCCAGGGCGGUGUCCUUGCUGGCGAGGAGGGCGCUGCCGGUAUCCUUCUCAUCGACGUCAACCCGCUCACGCUCGGUAUCGAGACGACGGGCGGCGUCAUGACGAAGCUGAUCCCCCGCAACACCGUCAUUCCCACCAAGAAGUCGCAGAUCUUCUCCACGGCAGCCGACAACCAGAAUACGGUGCUGAUCCAGGUGUACGAGGGCGAGCGUGCGCUCACGUCGCAGAACCACCAGCUGGGCAAGUUUGAGCUCACCGGCAUCCCGCCUGCGCCACGUGGCGUGCCCCAGAUCGAGGUCACCUUUGAGCUCGACGCCAACGGCAUCAUGAAGGUCUCGGCUGCCGACAAGGGCACCGGCAAGUCCGAGUCGGUCACCAUCAACAACGACAAGGGCCGCCUGUCGGAGGAGGACAUUGAGCGCAUGGUCAAGGAGGCCGAGGAGUUUGCCGAGCACGACGAGGAGGUGCGCAAGCGCGUCGAGGCCCUCAACAGCCUCCAGAACUUCAUUGCCUCGACGAGGCAGACGGUCAACGACAAGGAGGGCCUCGGCGGCAAGCUCGACGCCGACGACAAGAAGCAGAUCCAGGAGGCCCUCAAGGAGAGCGAGCAGUGGCUCGAGGAGAACAGUGCCAACGCAGAGGCGGCCGACAUUGAGGAGCAGCUCUCGGAGCUCCAGGCGCAGAUUGCACCCAUCACUGCCAAGGUCUACGGCGACGGUGCCGGUGCCGGUGCCGGUGCGGGCGGCGCAGGUGCUGCCGACGACGACGACGACCUCAAGUGGGGCGGGGGCCACGACGAGCUGUAGUAGACUUGCUCCUUCAUCUCAUCUCUUCCCUCUCCCACUCUGUCUCUCUUUCCUCUCUCCAUACACACACAAAAAGACUUGAAUAAAUCGUGCGCUCUCUGUAUCGCUGUGUCUCGCUGUGUGACUUGCCGCGCGGGAGAUGACUUUCCUCGUCUCACUGGCGGAGAAUGUUGUUGCGUUUGCCCGUUCUCCCGUGCGCGCCGCACUGAGUGAGACCCACUUGCCUUUCUCCCGUUCGACGCUGCUUUCUUCACCCUGGAGCAGACAGGCAGGCAGGCUGAAGUGUACUCCUAUCUACUACGUACGCACUCGGCUCGAGUAGACUGUCGACGCUUG